UAUAAUUAACGCCAUUAAAAAUAGCCAUUGACUCAACCACAUGCAGCUAACAGGGCAAGGAAGCUGUUGUGUAACCAGCAGCCCAGAAGGACAACGCCAGAAGAAUGUCAUGAUCUAAAACCGUCCCAAGCAGCCGGAGAAGUUGGACCCCCCCAAAAGUCUCUUUCAGAAUGUCCUGGUAUUCGCUAAAAGCAGACGACUUGAGACGCCCCAGGCUGCAAAGAACGUCCGGUCGCUCCAUGAGCAGUCAUCAAAGCUAUCAAACUCCAGAAAUGGGGGAGUUGCAACGCAUGUUAUGGACCCCAGUUCCUUGCCGGGGAAAUGUCAACGAAGUCUGGCCUAACCUUUAUAUUGGAGAUUUGUACAUAGCCCGGAACAUAGAGCAGCUGCGCCGGAUGGGCAUCACCCACAUUGUGAAUGCUGCCGCGGGAAGAUUCCACAUCGAUACGGGAGCCAAGUUCUACCGAGACCUGCCAGUUGAUUACUACGGGGUGGAAGCAGAUGAUGAUCCAAAGUUUGAUCUCAGCAUUUACUUCUACCCAACUGCUAAAUACAUCAGGGCAGCGCUGAACUCACCCAGAGGGAAAGUCUUGGUUCAUUGUGCCAUGGGGAUAAGCCGCUCAGCAACCCUGGUGCUGGCUUUCUUGAUGAUCUACGAAAACAAGAACCUCGUGGAAGCCUUAAAGACAGUGAGAGAACAUAGAGGAGUCUGCCCGAACACGGGUUUCCUCAGCCAACUUCGGGAGCUCGACCUCCGGUUAACGAGUGGAAAAGGGAAAGCAACGGGGAUCCCUUGAAACUUUAGAUGUAAAAUACUUGGACGGUUGGUGGAAAGUCUAAGAAGAACAAUUAUAUCCCCUCAGAAAUACCUAAACAUCAUGCUGCAGUGUUUACAGGCAAUGUCAUGAAAACUGUCGUGUGGGCAUCUCAUUUGAGAUUAAAGGUGUGCUGGAACCUUG